ACGCACAAUUCCCCUUCUUACCAGCACUGCUACCCUGCAAACUGAACUCUGUGUGUGUGUGUGUGUGUGUGAGAGAGAGAGAGAGAGAGCACUGGUGGGAAAGAGAACAUGUCUGCGCCAUAGCUGAAGAAGCCGCCAUCGUCAAGAUCUGGACGGCUGGGAUGGUCUGGACCGGAGAAUUCGCUUAAUCUCAGCAAUUCAGAGUGAGAGCGAGCGAGCGAGCGAGAGAGAGAGAGAGACAGAGAGAGAGAGAGAGAGAGAGAGAGAGAGAGAGAGAGAGAAUGGCGGCCCAAGCAGCAGGCAUGUUGUGCGCGUCUGCCAGGGCUUGUACAGCAAUUAGGGCGGCGGUGGGGUAUGAUCAAUUGGAGGGGUCUGUAUGCUCCCCCUCUCCGUCCAGCGUGUCAUUGUCGUCGUUCGAUGGGCUACGCGCCCGUACGGACUGCAUUUCAGAUGGGCGAUGGCGGCGACGGCCUGAUUCUGGAGGGCUUGAAGCUCUCUCCCGAAAUGGGGCCUUAACGGAGUUACCAUUGACACCUGACAAAUCCUCCGCCAGGAAGACGAUCACAUGUGUCGCGACUCGGGAGAUCGGUAGGGAGUUCUUGUAUGGGGAUGAAGGUGGGAAGGAGGAGAGCGCUAUGAGAAGCGUGGAGCGGGACCAAGAUUCAGACGAGGAGGAGUGGGGGCAAAGCGCGAAGGGGGAGGGGAUGGAAAACAGUCACGGGUGAAGGAGGGAAGGCGCAAAGAUGAGAAGGGUGAAGACAGCAUGGGUCGUAGUGGGAACCGGGGAAAGCAUGCAUGCAUGGCACUUGGUGCAGAAAAGAAAAAGGCACUGAAACAAUCACGUUUCGUCCAUCCUAGUUCUAAAAUUGUUUCAAGAUUGAAAAAUUCAAAACCAACCUUAGCACACAGAAUUGAGCACGAAAAACGGCUAUCUAGCUUCCUACAGAAAAUUCACAGAUCUUUCAGGGGCGAGUGUGGGAACAUUCACUUGCAAGAACACGUCAGCGGGAAGAAUGCCCAUAAUUUCCAAAGUUCGCAACUGCCAAACAAAAUUCCUAGUGCGCU